AUGGCGAACCUUGCCGCGCAGCUCAAGAACAAGUUCUUUGGCCUCGUCGGCCGCAUCACCAGCUGCGGCCGCUCCGGCGCCACCCACAAGGAUGCCGCUGAUUCCAGUGUUGUGUUCUGCAGCUGGUGUGACGGAGACCAAGUCAGUGACAUCUCAGGUCUAUCUUCUACUCUAAUCUCUGCUACAUACGUUGGCGUUACACAAUCUGCAUAA